AUGAAGAAGACGAAUCGCCGAUCUAAACAAUCGAGUCCGAUCGAUGCCUCAGCUUCGGAUGCAAACAAAAAUGAACUGUAUAAGCAGAGGAUUCGCGAGCUGGAGCAAGAAAAUAAAGCAUAUAAGAUGGAGAUUGAAGAACUAAGGCAGCAACAGGGGAGUGAUUCUUCUGCUUCUAACAAUGGAGUUGAAAAGCUUAAAAAAGAUUAUCUUCCGAAGCUGAACUUACUUGAAGAACAGGUUACAGAAUUGAAGAAAAAACUUGGUUCUCAAUCCCAAUUUUCAACCCAUAGGAAGAGGGUCGAUGAAUCAACUAAGCAGUUGCAAUUUGAGAUUCAGACUUUAAAGGCUCAGAAGGUUCAACUGCAAUGUAAGAUCAAAUUACAGUCAGUGCAAUUCAGAUUAUGCAAGGCCUUGCUGGAAAAAGAAGUUCAGCAGCUUAAGAAAGAAGGCAGGAGGAAUGAAUUCAACACCCACAGUUUGCUGGCUUCAAAUGAGAGGCUUAAAAGGGUAUUGCAGCGGAAGACAGAAGAAGCUUCUACUGCUAAUAAACGUCUAGGGGACCUGAUAGCAGUUCGAAAAGUUAUAUCAAAUAGAUCAGCUGGUGCUAGAAAUAGAAAUGGUCAAAUAAUUCAGGAUGCUGAGCAUGAACUUGGAGUCACAACUCAGUUACACAAGUUAUGCUCUCAAUACGAAUCCGAAAUGGAAAAGAUGGCUGAAGAGAUUGCACAGCUGAAAGAGGAAAUUGAGAUGCAUAGGCAGGAAAAAUUAAGAUUUCCGUUACAGGAGGACGACUGUGAUAGCCCGGAUAAGGAUUCUGAUAUCCAAGAUUUAAAGGAACAAGUAAACAGCCUUAGUUGUCUACUUAGAGAAUUACAAUUGCGGAAGGAGAAGCCUGAGUCCAAGGAUAAGAAGCAGGUUUGGGCCAUCGACAUCAAAUUAGAGAAAUAUGAUAUUCUUCUCCCUGAUGAGAGUAAUGACAAGAUAAAGAUGGACACCCCCAAAAUGAACAGUUCAAGUGAAAAUAAUGUUAAGAGGGAGAGUACAGCUGAAGGGCUUUGCUGCUCAUGCAGUAAGAAAUCCUUGUGCAAGACUACAAAAUGCAGAUGCCGAUCCAGUGGUGCGGGCUGCGGAGCAUCAUGCGGCUGCACACGUUCUAAGUGCACAAACAGGGAACUGAGCGGAGAGACAGAAAAUGAUCCACCAAAAUCAGAGAAUACAGAAGGUAUUAUGAAUGCUUCAGCUGUUGACAAAAAUGGAAAUAUUAUCGCUUCUGAAUGUGCCAAACUACUCCAGAGUGCACUUGUUCAGAAACCUGCUAGUUCCAGUGACAAUCCCGGGCUCAUAAAGAAGCCAUUACGUGACAUUCAGAACUCACUGGGCCAAUUAGAUGCUCAAAGGCAGGGCAAGAAAAAGAAAGCGCGGAAGCCAGUAAUUCAUAUCGUUACCAAGGAUUCGCCAGAAAAUAACAGCAGCACCGAAGCAUACAAAAUUGAAACUCAGGAAAAUAAUGCAAUGAAGUUGGACAAGGCGAAGAAAGCAGCUACAGAUAGUAAUUCUGGUCAGCCAAAUGAAUUGGCGACGGCCAUCAGUGACGCAGCUGGCUUUCGUCAAUUAAGAAAUCCAACUCGACAGGCCAAAUCUGCCGUCGGGAAAGAGAACUGUUUUGUUUGA